GACGGAGCAGUGGAAUCUGGAAGCGGGUGGGAAGCGUAGGUGGGAGGGGGUGCCCUUGGGUCCCUGCCUGAGUUUGAGCGCCGCUGGGUGUGGUCAGGGGUGGGCCAGGAUGCUCAUGGCAGGGCGGCGUAGCUCUUGGCUCCUCUGGGUGGCCGGUCACGCCACAUCUCCGUCGCGCUCGAGGCUUCUGGCAAACUUGGGGUCUGCCUCUUCAGUCCAGGUGCAGACGCUGAACACACUGGCCUGUGAGCUGCACUCGGGGGACGCUCCCUGAGGCUCCUGUGUCUGCAGUCCUGGGAGCAAGGCGUUGGCUGAACUUCGGCCCAUCUUUUCAAGGAUGUUGGAGUAGCAAACAGCCGCGGAUGGACAAGCAGGCUCUGCUCUGGGUCCCUGCCCCAGCACAGGACACGUGGUGUCUGCCCUCCCCCGCUGUUCCAGCAGCAGGAAUCCCCAGGUGCCAGAGCCUGGAGAGCGCCGAGAGGUGGCCUGGUCCGUGUCUGCGGGGUGAUCUGGGGUCUGCAGCACCAGCCUCCAAGCUGUUUCCACGUGCCUCCUCCUCAUGCCUGAGGAAGUGGACCCUGGGGUGUGGCCUGCACACGGACAUGCCCCGUGAGGGUGCAGCUGGGUUUGAGCGGCUCUCGUGCCCCCUUCUGUCUAAGCAGGUUUGGGUGCCACAGUGCUCCGGAAACGAGGAUUCUUGCUCUGCAUCGGGGCCCAGGCCCCUCUGACCUUCUGUGCGGGAAACAAGGGGUGGUUAAUAAACAGUCUUUUCAGCGUG